UACUCAGGGCCGGCUAUUCAUCGCGAGACAUCAGUGCGCCAUCCAUUUUGAAAUAGAAGAAGAGCAGGGAAAAGGGGUCGAAGGAGAAAAGGGACCAAACCAACCCUCCUUGACAAGCGGACACUGGGCUGCAUGAAGGCGGCGGUAAGCCGAGCACGAGAACGGCGUCUGCCGGAAGUGACGCCUUAAACUUCACGGCCGUCUCCUUCAUCUGCGAAGAGGCGGCGGUGCGACCGGACGAGAACAAACGCUGAUGUAGCCGUCAGCUCAGAUGGACUGGGAGCCUCAGGGUUUUGCUUCGAUUAUCAGAGCCAUGGAGAGGUGCACCUUACAAUGAAGUAUAGUCUAAGGACGGAGUGAGUGGAAAGCUGAAAGGAAGUAAGCAGAACCGUGAGGAUGGAGGAGAUGCCUGUGUGUGUUAAAGACGAGCCGUCUCUCCACAUUAAGGAGGAACCAUGUGAACUGCCAUUCCUCCAUGUGAAGACAGAGCCAUAUGAGGAGGAGACUGUUGACUUUGGGCAGAUCUGUCAAGAAGAUUUGAAAGAUCUGGUCGUGAAGGUGGAGUAUGUAACUGAGGACUGCUGUCCAGAUGUAGACGGCUCGGCUCUAGCGACUGACGCGUCUCUCCAUAGGCCGUCUGCCCACGUGAAGGCUCCAGGUCUCGAUUUGGACUCUUCCUGUUGGGAAUGUAAUGAAGACUGCUCUGUAGCUUCUAGCCAGCUGGAAAACGUGAAGCCAGUCUGGGAAUACCCUGAGAAAACUCCAGAGAAGGCAGACGAUGCAGAGGAUCCCAUUGAUAAUUGUGAAGUGGACGAUGACUUAAUAAAAGUGGAAGUUCUGAAAUGUAAUCCACCCAGUAAACCAAGAAAGGAUCAAAAAGACAAGGAUGCAGGUGGGAAUUGCCGUGGAAUUGACCCCAACGUGAAGCCGUGCACAUGUGAUCAUUGUGGGCAGAAGUUUGUACAGACAAGUGGCUUUCAGCAUCACAGCGCUGCAAGUUCUUUUUGCUGCCUUAACUGUGAAAAUGCAUUGAAAACAAACGACGCACUGCAGAGCCAUGCGAGUGUUCAACCGUAUUGCUGCAAACAUUGUGGGAAGUCCUUCAGACAGAAGUGGUACCUUCAGUGUCACUUGAGAAUGCACACCGGAGACCGGCCUUACUGCUGCUUAGAGUGCGGAAAGAGCUUCAUCAUGAACGCCCACCUAAAACGCCACUUAAGAAUUCACUCCGGAGAGAAACCCUUCUCCUGCAAGCACUGCGGAAAGAAGUUUGGCGGACAGUCCGAUCUUCAGUGCCACCUCCGGUAUCAUACCGGAGAAAAGCGCUUCUCCUGCAGAGAAUGUGGAAAGACGUUUAAGCAGAUCUGGGAUCUCCAGUGCCAUCUGCGGAUUCACACCGGUGAGAGGCCUUACAGUUGCUCAGACUGUGGAAAGAGCUUUGUAAUGAAUGCUCAUCUCAAACGACAUUUGAGAGUUCACACUGGCGAGAAGCCCUACUUCUGUAAAGAGUGCGGAAAGAGCUUUGCAGGACAGUCAGGUCUCCAGUGGCACCUGAGAAGUCACACUAGGGACCAUCCAUAUUGCUGUAAACACUGCGGAAAGACGUUUGCAGAGAAGUCCGAUCUCCAGUUCCAUCUUCAGUUGCACACUGGAGAGAAGGCUUACAGCUGCACAGAAUGUGGCAAGCGGUUCAAACAGGUGUGGUACCUUCAGUGCCACCUGAGAACUCACACGGGGGAGAGGCCUUACCACUGCACGGACUGUGGAAAGAGCUUCAGAAUGAAUGCCCAUCUGAAACGCCAUUUAAGAAUUCACACCGGGGAGAAGCCCUACUGCUGUAGUCACUGUGGAAAGAAAUUUGCCGGGCAGUCGGAUCUCCAGUACCAUCUCCGGUUUCACACUGGGGAAAAGCCAUAUUCCUGUACGGACUGUGGAAAGAGGUUUAGGGUGAGGAUCUCCCUUACACGGCAUCUGAGAAUUCAUACUGGGGAAAAACCGUACAGUUGCUCGGACUGUGGAAUGAAGUUCAAAACGAAAGAAGCUCUGCAGAGCCAUGCGACCGUUCACACGGGACAGAAGCCUUAUUGCUGCACAGUCUGUGGAAAGGUGUUCAGGCAGAAGUGGUACCUACGAUACCACCUCCGAAUUCACACGGGGGAGACGCCCUACUCCUGCACAGAGUGUGAAAAAACAUUUCAGAAGAAAACGGACCUUCAGAACCACAUGAGAGAUCACUCUGCAGUGAGCCCCAUUUGUGACGUAGACUCGGAAAACAAUUCUAAGGAAGAAGAAGAAGAAGGUGUGCCUCGCCAACAGUGUGCUCACACCGGUGAAAACCCUUAAAGAGUAUUCACAGAUUCUUUUGAAACUUCCUGUUAGCAUGUAAGGAGUGAGCAAUCAUUCACGGCCUGUGACAGUGAACGUGCGAGUGAAGCCAUCAGGAUUGUUUUAAUAUGAAAACACAUUUAAAUGUGGGAGAGUUACCCAGAGAAUCUAAAUAGACAAAGAUAAGAGAAGAGCCUCAUUGGGCCGCUCACUGGUGCUGCACAAGGUGUCUUAAAGCCUGUGAGCUGUAGGGGGCUUCUUUAGACCCAAACCACAGACACAUUCAUGUAGGCACGAGUCUCGGGUCCAGACGACCUUUUAAUUACAAACAUAUCACCACAGACUCGAUGCGCUCGCCAAUUUCUUUUCUCCUCUCCAGCACGUUUUGUCCACUGACUCCCAACUCUUUGCGUAAAGUGGAGCAGUUGGACCCAGGAUCACGUCUGGGACAGGCAAACAUCUAAAAAACAAGGAAGUCUUCUCCUGGAAGUGGCCUCUAGGUGUCCCUCAAGAACUCCAGUAGGGCUGCCCUUUAGAACGCAUGUAACCUAGUGAGAGUCCACACCAGACGAGCACUGCCACCUAGCGCUCUGGAGGAGCAGUCACCCCGUGUCCAGCUAUCCUGGCUGUCCGUCACAAGUGUACUAUAGUGAGACACCCCACUUUUGUUAUUAGAUCAGUCUGCUCUCACACCUUUGUGAUGAACACACAGAGUGACCGCCACUAUAAUAUUCCACAUAGGGUCUCAUCCAUUUCUGGAGAUGGACGUCUGAGAUGGAGUUCCGCUAGCAGUGGUGUUAUUUUUCCCUUUUUUGCUUUAUCCUCCUGAGGUAUCCUGUAUUUAUUCAACCCGAGGGGCUUCAAUCACUGUAUAUGCAAGUAUAUAUAAGCAUGGGUGGCAGAAAGAAAUGGAAAAGGCAGCUAAAGCUUCAUCCAAGCUUAAACAGGCCUCACAUUCAGGUUCAACAUAUGGCCUCCCAGAGAUUGACCUGGAACAGACAGAGAUCUCCCGGGACCUGACGCUGCAGCAUCGCUUCCAGCUGAGAGCAAAAGAGCGAGUGAGUCGGGCCGGGAGAACUCACUGAUUCCAGAAGGUUCAUUGAAUCUGAAAAUGGCCGUACUUUCCAACUGUCAACUACCCACCGCAAGUCAUUGGCAUGACUUGGACUGGAAUUACUACUUCAUCUGUAGAACACAGAGACGACCGAAACGAACAGCCUGAGCUGAAUGUAACAGUCGCUGCAAUUACCACUGCAAUAACUACCGCAGGCGCAGUGGUGGCGCUGCUGCCUCGCAGUUAGUAGACCCGCCUGGGUUCGCUUCCUGGGUCCUCCCUGCGUGGAGUUGGUAUGUUCUCCCCAUGUCUGUGUGGGUUUCCUCCCACAGUCCAAAGACAUGCGGGUCAGGUGCAUUGGCGGUCCUAAAUUGACCCUGGUUGGUGUGUAUGUGUGUGCCCUACGGUGCGCUGGCGCCCUGCCCGGGGACUUGUUCCUGCCUUGUGCCCUGUGUUGGCUGGGAUUGGCUCCAGCAGACCCCCAUGACCCUGUGUUCGGAUAUAGCAGGUUAAUAUAAAGAAGAUUACAACUAGUGCUGGGCGGUAUGACAAAUUCUAUAUCACGAUAUUUUUCACGAUUAUCCCAGUUUCACGGUAUUCAACGGUAUUUUUUUCCCAUGCAUGAGUGGAUGUUAAGCACGUUUUCUACUGCAAUUACUGGCUAAGAAUAACCAACUCCACUGUCAUGAGCAUUGUAAAAGAACACACGUUAAUGUGCACACACGUAUUAAUGCAGGUUUGCAUGGCCCAUAAAGUGACAGGGGUGGCACUAAUGAAGAGAAGGAAUCACAUUGAUGACAGAUGCAGUCAAAAUAGAGAGCCUUUAUAUUGAAGAAUGUUUGCAAACAACUUAAACUAACAUUUUGACAACCAUCCAAAGAGGCAUUUAGACUUCGAGGUGUUUGUCAAAAGUUGUAUUGCACUGAACGUGUCUUAGAGAAGGAAUAAACUGUAAAAAUGUUUUAUAAACCAACUCCACACUCUGUUCAUGUUAACAAUCUCAGUCCACUGACACGUUAAAGUGACUUUCUAAACGACUUUACCAUCAUUAAACUGCAUAAAAUGUAAACUAAUAAAUAACAAUACAAUAAAUAAUAGUGCAGCUUCCAGUACUAAUACUAUUACUUCAAGCCAAGGUGUGUUACACAGUACAGUAUUCACCAAAUUAAAGUCAAAUAAAACUUGGUGAUGACAUCUUUACCAGCCGCACCGUCAUAAUAUGGACUACACACAAAUAAUAAAAGUGCAACUUGCACUUCUGAUGCUAUUGGUGGUGUAGCCCUACAGAAUCUUAUUAGGGCCACGGUGAAGAAAAAAGAACAUAAAGUACAUGUCGAGAUUCAAGUCAACCUUUCCACUUUAUUCUUGUAGUUUAUUUUGUCAUUAAAGUAGAAUGUCGUAAACUAAAGUUUAUACUAAUAUCAAUGUUUAAUUUACUAGAUGCUCUCAAACCCCAUCAUAAGUUAUGUGGCACAUUAAAUGCUUUGUGUUGUGUUCCCUGACCCAGUUGUUACUCGCUACGCGUUUGAUAAACUGACGUCCUCCGCCGUAAGAGGCAGCGAUCGCCGCACGUUCACUUCACUCUGAACAUUUACAAUGCUAAGAUCAAUACUUGAUAUCAUCUUCAGGAUGAAAUGCACUAAAGCAGGUAUUAAACAUGCACGGUAGUGAGGUGGUAGUGCUGCGCCCUCGCUUGUAACAACUGGAUGUAUGACUGGGUAUCUCACAGGUGUAACUGAACUGUCGUGUAAAUGUUGGGUUUGUGAUCUGCUGGUCGGAGACACCAACGCACAAUUCAAUGGCUGUUCUUCUGAGCGGACUUUCUUUAUUGCAUGCCUGCUGUCUCUCUGACGUACCAAACCCGCAGUUCCUAUCCUUCCUUUUUCUUUCUCCACCUAACCAGUCACCACAUGAUAAUCGUCUUUGUGUAAUUAAAACUGGUUAUAAACUUAGACCACGGAGUGUUCAGAUCUUCGUUAUACAUGUUUAAUUAUGCCAUCCAUUCAGGGUUGCGCCCAUCCCAGCAAGCAUCGUGUGCGAAGCAGGAGGAAAUCCUUAAUGGAGAGCCAGCACAUCGCAGGGUGAAUACGAGCAACACACACACUGGCAGGGUCAACAGAGCAGAAGAAACCCCCUUACUGUGAGGCAGCAGUGGACCCUCCAUGCCAGUGUGCCCCCACGUGAUUCAUACACACUUUAAUGCAUUUCAUCAUAUAAGUGAUAUCAAGUAUUGAUCUUAGUAUUCUAAAUGUUCAGAGGGCAGGAAUGUCAUGAAGUGAAUGGAUUGUGUGUGGCGAUUGCUGCCUGCGCCUCCUGUUAGUGCGGAGGAAGUCGGUUUAAGAAGCGAAGCGAUUAACACAACACAAAGCAUUUAACAUGCCACAUAACUUAUGAUGGGGUUUGAGAACAUCUAGUAAAUUAAAUAUUCCUUUUAAGGUGAAGUUUAGUUUACGAUUUUCUACUUUAAUAACAAAUUACGAGAGUAAAGUCAACAUGUCGUCACACUAUUACUCAGUACCCAGGUACAUUACACAGUAUUGGCUUGCAGUAUUAUCCAGUAGUAGAGACACAGUAUUCACACAUCUGACCUUUGAAAUCCAAAGUAUCUCCAGACAGCAGACGUGACUCUUUUUUCCAGCAAAGGUUCUUCUGUGUCAUCAACUUUAUCGUCAGCUUCAGUUUCUGGAGGUUCUCAGUCCACUUUCACCGCUCGAUGCCUCCACUACCCCACGUACUCCAUUGUAUGCGUCUUUAGCGGUGCAGCAGUGAAAAAGGUCCCCCCUUAAACAGUUCCCGCUGCGCCACGCUCUGAACGUUGUUUAGGUAAUUUAAACCGGUGUUGUGAUAUAAGAAAACUCCAUAUCGUCACAAAAAUCAAAAACGGUUUUCGGUAUGAACCAGUAUACCGCCCAGCACUACGAUCUAAAGAACGUAAAGGUGACGAAUGAGAAGCAACUUCAGGAUAUUAAAGACUUGGAGGAACAUUUAAGUAAUCUCUUUGAGGCAACCUUUAAAUGUGUGCUAGAAACAAUUGGGGAAAGAAUGCAGGAAAAUACGAGUAAGUUUGAAAAUAAAUUUAGAGCACAUGGUGCUCAGCUUGCAGACGUUAAGCAAACGUUCACAACUCACAUAGAAAUAGUUGAGCAGUUGGCUUCUGCUGCUGCUACAAAAUGAGAGUGCAAAGUGGCUGGAGACAAACACAAAGAAAUCGUGUCUGAGGUUCAAAUUAGACAGCGGGAUGUCAGCAGCAGCUUACCACCCACCUGGAUGAGGCGCCUUACAACCUGACGUCACACUGCGGGACAAGUGACACUGAAUGUCUGCACAAGUCGAUCCACCUUGGAGACUUCAGUGUCACAGCUCUGUUCGACGUGUGACCCAAGUGGGAUGUCAAUAACUUGGAGGCCUCACCCCGCCUGGUACUGUCAUGCCAGCCUUUGCAGUGGCAGGAUGAAGAGGUGCCAUGACAUACGAGUCUAAAAUCAUUAAUGAUGCCAAAGGCCUUCUCGUAACCUUGUGCUGACCUUUGUAUUUGUCACAUUGCACUUUUUUAUUCAUAUUUGGGUUAGAAGUGUGUGGUUUGUCCGUCCUGAUGCAAUUAAAGAUGGUGACCCUUUGGUACAUAUGGGUGCCAUGUCUUUGUAUUUACUGUGCUCUUCAGACCGAACACACGGACGUGUCUCUUAGUCAUCCUCACAUGGCGUCCGCGUCUCCGGCGUGAACUGAUGAAGGAGCCUCGCUGACUGCCACUGCCGACUUGUUUGAGAUCUCAUUUGAAGACGUAAGUAAAGAUGACAUUUGGUUUAAAACAUGUGGACAUAUCGAGAUGUGGUCUUCAUUUUAAAAGUAAUUCUAGCUAAAGGUGAUGUCUUCAUUUCCCGUCACUUCUCCUUAAUCACAUCGCUGUCCUGCCUGCCAGUCUGUGACAGUUUGUGACGCUCCUCCAUGCGGCUCUUCGGUAUUUGGGUGCACAGCCUCUUUUGAGCGCCCCUCCACUUCACGUUUGUCGCAUGCUGUGCUUUGGGUUAAUCUUCGACAUUUCACUUUAACCUCGAGCACCGCUACUACAAUGAACAAUUCUCAGAGGACUCCAUGACGCGGCGUUGCCAGGUCCCUGAUACAACAAGGCAGCCUAAACCAGAACAUCUUCGCCAUGUGGUUUACUGCUCGUAUCGGGCAUUUGUGGCAAAAAGUCAUCUUUGAUUUUCGGCAGACAUGUCUUCCAGCACUGUGUCUUUGACUCGUCUGUCUGAAGCAAAUUGUCCCAGAAGUAGAAACCGUGCACAUGCAUUCAGAUGUUGCGUGCGUCCAUUUCCACACACACUUCAAGAUGUACAAAAACUAACCUUUUGUUGUAAAGCGACGCUCAUUUUCACAGCAGCCUCACACCACACGUAGUUUCUGCUCGUUUCUCAAACGGGUGGCACUCCCAUCAUGUGAAGCAUGAAAACUAAGAGGUUUGAGUUAACAACACUUAUGUUGGGCACAAUGCCCAGUGGGUGGUCUUUUGGCCUUGGCGCCCCUGCAGAUCUGGCCUUUUUAUUCUGCCCUCCUGGCCCUCUGACCUUACCUUGUUUUGUUGUUCUUUGUUUCUUUAAUAUUCUUUAUUGUUUUUUCUUCUUGUAACU